GCUGCUAUGUACGGUAUCUAGCCCCCCAGCGCUCCAGGUCUGUCAGGUCUGUUCUUUCCCUUUGUCUCGGCUGGAAAGAGGGAGCAAGGGAGUGAAACAGGGAGAGAGAGGAUCGCUGGUUCCUAAACAAGCCUUGGGCAUUGGACUAUAGAGGACUGCUUGGAAGAAGACUCAAGGAGAUUUAUACUAUAAUUUAAGGGCAAUGUGCUAUUCUACACCUCUCUAUCUAUUGUUUAAAAAAUAAAUAAGUAUUUUCCCAUUUUGGGGAGUUUAUUGACCUUCCUCAGCCUAAGUACUCUUGUGGAGGCCGUAUCUAGUGAUUAAAGGUUCCUCUGUGAUUCUCGGGGUGUGUGGUCGUUCAUAACACGUCCCUAGACCAUGCUAGCCCUGUGGCUGCUCCUGCUCCCGUGCCUGUCUCUGUCGCCGCUCGUUCAGACCGAGAAGGGACUGGAGUUCCCUCGCUAUGACGGGAAAGACAGAGUCAUCGACAUCAAUAACAAGAACUACCAGAAGGCCAUGAAGAAGUACACCAUGAUAUGUCUGCUGUACCACAAACCCAUCCCUGAUGGGAAGGAGCUGCAGAAACAACACCUGAUGACUGAGAUGGUGCUGGAGCUGGCUGCUCAGGUUAUGGAGGAAAAGGAGAUUGGGUUUGGAAUGGUAGACUCCCACAAAGACACCAAGGUUGCCAAGAAGCUGGGCCUGGUGGAAGAGGGCAGUGUGUAUGUGUUCAAGGCAGACCGUGUGAUUGAGUUUGACGGCAUGCUCUCUGCCGACACCCUGGUGGAGUUCCUUCUAGACCUUUUGGAGGAGCCUGUGGAGGUGAUAGGAAAUGCUCUGGAGCUGAGGGCCUUCGACAGGAUGGAGGAAGACAUCCGCCUCAUUGGAUAUUUUAAGAACGAGGACUCAGAACACUACAGUGCGUUCAAGGAGGCUGCAGAGCAGUUCCAACCCUACAUCAAAUUCUUUGCCACCUUUGAGAAAGCUGUGGCCAAGGAGCUGACCCUGAAAAUGAACGAGGUAGAUUUCUACGAGCCCUUCAUGGAGGAGCCCGUCACCCUCCCUGACAGACCCAACUCUGAGGAGGAGAUCGUGGCUUUCGUCACUGAACACAGAAGGCCAACACUGCGAAAGCUGCGUGCUGAGGACAUGUUUGAGACAUGGGAGGACGUUGUGGAGGGGAGCCAUAUAGUGGCCUUCGCAGAGGAGGAGGACCCUGAUGGUUAUGAGUUCCUGGAGCUGCUGAAGGAGGUGGCUAGAGACAACACCCACCACCCUGGUCUCAGCAUCAUCUGGAUCGACCCUGAUGACUUCCCCCUGCUUAUCCCCUACUGGGAGAAGACCUUCCAGGUGGACCUGUUCAAACCUCAGAUCGGCGUGGUCAACGUUACUGACGCUGACAGCAUCUGGCUGGAGAUGGAAGAACAAGAUCUGCUCACAGCCCAGAAGCUGGCGGACUGGAUAGAGAACGUCCUGUCAGGCAAGGUAAACACAGAGGAUGAUGAUGACGACGACGACGAUGACGAUGAUGAGGACGACAACUCUGAUGAUGACUCUGAUGAGGACUCUGAUGAUUCGGAUGACUCUGAUGAUGAAGAAGACGACGAUGAUGACUAAUUCAAAAACUGUGAAUUUGUCAUCUAGAAUUAAUAACAUUGUUGUAUAGUCUCUUUACUGUACUAUCAUCAAAGUUUAGGGUGAGAGAAAUAGACCUAAACGCUUUUAUAGAAGAUUUUGUACAACGUGUCUGGCCUAAGUCAACCACUCUGCAUUAUAAGAAAAGCCAUUAACAGCAUUUUUUUUUCUUGAAUCUGGAAAAAGAUCUGUUGAUAAACUGAAAUCAAUCUGAAAAUGUAAGACGCUCUGGAUAAGAGUGCUAAAUCAGUUAAAUGUAAAAUAAAUAA